AUGGCCGUGGAAACGGCCUCGUCCAGCCCGCCCGGCUCCGACGAUCGAGACGACGACGGCAACGAGUCGGCAUCCGCUAAGCUAACCCUACCUUUUGCUAAUAGACGCGAGCUCCGUUCAUCACUGAUCAAGCACGGAACGCGUGGAAAGAAUUCGGCAAGCCGGAAGACGGUUAGCUUCUGUUCACAAAGGGAUGAGAAACGAGUUAGUAAUGUGAACGACUGCUGGCAGAUUAUGCAAAACGGUACAGAGAUGGUGAAGCUGAGAGGGAACGUCCGGCAAUUCCGCCGCUUUUUUAGUCUUGACGCUGACCUAUCGCACAUUAGAUGGACCCCGACAAAUAAAAAGCCGCAUAAAGCAAGGAUAUCCGUCGAUGAAAUCCGAGAAAUACGCGUUGGUAGAAAUACAGAACUUCUCCGUGCGUCUGAAACCGCUCUCGCCGAUUUGCAGGAAGAAUGCGCAUUUUCAAUAAUUUAUGGCGAAGACUUCGCGACGCUGGACCUGGUGGCGACGAGUGCAGAUCAUGCAAACAUAUGGGUGACCGGAUUGAUCGCAUUAACACAGGCGAGGCACACUGAUAAACCGUCAAGUGCUUCAAAUAUGGCAACGCUGAGGGAAAGAUGGUUGGAAUCCCUAUUCGAUGAAGCGGAUGUCGACAAAAAAGGCAAAGUCGACCACGAAGAUCUUGUGCAGCUCAUUAUUAAAGUUUGCCCUCGGAUGCUCGUCGGACGGGUUCGGCACAAAAUUAGGGAAUUAUUUGCUGGGGUAGAGCUGGCGGUCGCCGAACCGUGGCAGGUGGCACGCGAGGAAUUUGUAGAGCUUUUUAAAGAAAUGGCAACCAGGCCUGAGAUUUACUUCUUGAUGGUCCGAUAUGCAAAUAAGGAUUAUUUAUCGUGUCAAGAUUUGAGGUUAUUUUUGGAGACCGAACAAGGGAUGAUUGGGGUGACGACGGAUUAUUGCGAACGAUUGAUAGAGCAAUUUGAGCCAUCAACGGAGGGGCGGCAAAGAAGGCUGAUGACCGUUGAUGGAUUCACCCGUUAUCUACUUUCACCGGAAUGUUCCGUAUUCGACCCAGCGAGAUCGCGUGUUUGGAUGGAUAUGAAGCAACCGUUUGGUCGAUAUUUUAUCGCAACCUCAAAUCGCGCCUUUUUGGUCGAAGACCAAGCCGGCCCGGCGAGUGCUGAUGGGAUUGCAAGUGCAUUGCGACGAGGAUGUCGUGUUGUUGAUAUUGAUUGUUGGGAUCCGACAGACUCAUGCGAAGAAGCCGAGCCUUAUAUAGCUGUUUCUGCCGUUAGUGCUCAUCGAUUUCCGCUUUCUGAUGCGUUGAGAACAAUUAGAGAAUGUGCUUUUGAAAAUACUAAAUACCCACUUUUCAUUCGCCUCGCGUUUCACUGCUCAAUAGAAUGGCAGAAAAUAGCAGCUAAUUUGUUUAUUCAGGUGCUUUCCCCAUACUUGUACGAACAACGAGACGAGUUUGAUUCUUUCCAAAAAACCGAGCCAUCACCAUGGGAUUUUCUCAAUAAAAUUCUGAUUACUGGAAAACGAUUAGCGAAUAACGAAAAUGAAGGGGAGGUGACGGAUGAUGACGAAAAUCUGCCACCAUUGCCGCGGGGACGGAAAAGAGUAUCGCGGCUUUGCAAGGAAGCUUCCGAUUUGGUAGCCCCAUUUUGUCAUCAGAAAUUUAUACAGGACCUGUUGUCAACAGCCCCGAAUUCACAUACCCUGAAUCGUCGGGAGAACAUCCCGUGUCUGAACGAGGCGACGGCGUUACGGUUGAUGAACACCUAUCAGCCGGAAUUUAUGCAGGCUACCAGGGAUUUUGCGAUGCGCGUAACGCCAAAUUCAAAUCGUGUCGACUCAUCCAACCUAAACCCCCAAGAAUUUUGGAAUUGUGGUGUCCAAAUGGUGGCUCUGAAUUAUCAAACCCCCGGAUUAAUGAUGGACUUGCAGGAAGGGAAAUUCUCGGAAAACGGCGGCUGCGGGUAUGUGUUGAAGCCGGCAUGCAUGUUGGACGAGCUGUUCGUGCCCGGAGACAAAUUGCCCACGCAACCGCAAGUUGUGCAUCUCCGCAUCGUUUCCGGCCAGCAACUACCAAGACCACGGGGCAGUACAGCGAAGGGGGAUUCGGCUGAUCCAUUUGUGGUUGUUGAGAUCUUUGGAGUGCCGUCCGAUUGUGCUGAAGAACGGACAAGAACAAUCAAAAACGACAGCGUCAAUCCAUGCUGGGAUGAAUCUUUCCAAUUCCAAGUCAGCGUGCCCGAGGUUGCGCUAGUACGGUUUCUGGUGCUUGAUGACGAUUUUAUUGGCGACGAUUUUAUUGGGCAGUAUACUUUGCCGUUUGAUUGUUUGCAGCCUGGGUACCGGCACAUCCAUCUCCGAAAUAAUGAGGGAGAUCCGCUCGAGAGUGCGACCCUCUUCGUCCACAUUGCCGUUACAAAUCGCCGAGGAGGAGGGAAAGCGAAACGACGCGGUAUGUCGGUGAAACGCAAGGCCCAACGUGCGCAGACCGGCAUCAAGCUUGUCGGCAUCAAGUCGGUUGAUGAGCAGUUCAAGGAGGCUGUCGCUCCAUUGGCUGAUAGUAUCGAUAUGCGAACGAAGCUCGAGGAGGCUAUGGUGGAGUGGCAAGAGGAAUGUGGACUUGGCCCUGCCGGAACCAUUAGACAGGGGCUUCGCCUUCUCCACUCCAGAAUUGCACCAUUUGCUAACAGCACUUCACCACCGUCAUCUCCAAGUGACGAAGGAAAGGCUCCGGAGGUCGUGCCGUCCUUCUCGGUAGAUGCCGAUGAAAAAGGGCAUCCGACCAUCAACACCAUCGGCCAGCUACCGGAACAGCUCACCAAAGCCAUUGAGCGUCUGUGUGCGCUGCUCUCGGUUUGCGGAGAGAUCUUGGCGAAUGCUGACUCGCUUCUUCUCAAGAUCGAGGACUCGAUCAAGCGCAUCCAGGACAGCCAUGAUGAUCUCGAGCGUCUGGCGGCCGAGACUGGCCUACGUGGCUUGAAGGCCACCCGGGCUCAAGAGAAUUUCACUUGGAAUUUACGUCUUCUAAAGGCGCAGCUUGGACUGAUGGGCAAAAGUCAGGAUGAAGCACGUGGCGUGGCCAGACAGGUCUUCGAAACGGCUGCGGUGCUCGGUGUACUAGCGCCGCGUCUCCAAUCCGGCCGUCGCUUCUCGGCCUUGGUGCCCCAUCCCCAUGAUGUAUCCCUC